AUGGAGCACACUGGGAUCGAGGAGGUGAACCAGACGCACCAGCAGCAGCAUGAACCCAUCAGCUUCGGCAUCGACCAGAUCCUCAACAGCUCGGACCAGUCCAGCGGCUGCAUGCUCCCCAACCGGACCGGUGACCCGGAUUACGCGCUGGCCUCUAAUGUCUACAGCAACGGGUACAACAGCGUCUACAACCCGGCCUGCUCCAUGGCAGCAGCGGCGGGUUUAGCCGGCUCCUAUAAUGUCAACAUGAACAUGAACGUCAGUAUGAACAUGAACAUGAACGUUAACGUGAACUCUGGAGGCGCAGGUGGGGUAAUUCGGGUGCCGGCGCACAGGCCCAUGCCGCCUCCGCCACCGCCACCCGCCGCUGCUGCUCCUCAUCCACCCCCAUCGACUCAUCCACCGGGCAUCGGACCCGGCAUCCCCUCGGUGCCGGGGAUGGGAAUGGGGAAUGCAGCAAACUUCACAUUUCCGUGGAUGGAAAGCAGCAGAAGAUUCGCCAAGGACAGAUUAACAGGGGAGCAGGCAGAGGAGAGCCGAGCCGGAGAGGCCACAGGGGGGCCGGGGGCCACCGGAUCCCUCUGUCCUCUCCCCAAGGGAGACAUCGGCAGGGUCCCUGUCUGGAGCACGGUGGAGACAUUAGCCAAAUGUUAUUACCCCGAGCUUGCCCACCUGCGAGACGGCAAUGGCCUUCUAGCAGACUAUCCUUUUCCAAAGGGUGCUUGCCCAGCUGCCCUCUCGCCCUUUUCUGUGACCCGUCGAAUCGGCCACCCGUACCAGAACCGGACGCCACCUAAGAGGAAAAAGCCUCGCACCUCCUUCAGUCGGGUGCAGAUCUGUGAGCUUGAGAAACGUUUUCACCGACAGAAGUACCUGGCAUCGGCCGAGCGUGCCACCCUGGCCAAGGCGCUGAAGAUGACAGAUGCACAAGUUAAGACCUGGUUUCAAAACAGGCGGACAAAAUGGCGGAGACAGACUGCGGAGGAGAGGGAGGCUGAGAGGCAGCAGGCCAACCGGCUGAUGCUGCAGCUUCAGCAGGAAGCUUUCCAGAAGACGUUGAGCCAGCCACUGCAGCCGGACCCACUCUGCCUGCACAACUCCUCCCUCUACGCCCUGCAGAACCUGCAGCCCUGGGCAGAAGACAAUAAGGUGACCUCCGUCACCUCUGUAGCAUCUGUAGUGUGA